ACAGACCGACCCACCGGCGGGCGGAGCUUGGGCACCUCUCCCCCCGGACCCGCCGGCAGCCGGGCCCGGGGCUUCCGACAUGCCCCCCAGGUGGGAGCGCAGGGCAGACGAUGCUGGACGCGAUGGAGGCUCCGGGCCACUCGAGGCAGCUGCUCCUGCAGCUGAACAGCCAGCGGACCAAGGGCUUCCUGUGCGACGUGAUCAUCGUGGUGCAGAACGCGCUGUUCCGGGCCCACAAGAACGUGCUGGCGGCCAGCAGCGCCUACCUCAAGUCCCUGGUGGUGCACGACAACCUCCUCAACCUGGACCAUGACAUGGUCAGCCCCGCCGUGUUCCGCCUGGUGCUGGACUUCAUCUACACGGGCCGGCUGGCGGACGGCGCCGAGGGGGCGGCCCCGGGGGGGGGGCCGGGGGCCGAGCCCGGCCUGGGCGCCGUCCUGGCCGCCGCCAGCUACCUGCAGAUCCCGGACCUGGUGUCGCUGUGUAAGAAGCGCCUGAAGCGGCACGGCAAGUACUGCCAGCUGAGGGGGGGAGGCGGCGGCGGCGGCGGAGGAGGAGGCGCCGCGGGAUCCGGCGGGGGCUACUUGCCCUUCGGGCGGCCGGGCCGGGGCCUGCGCGCCGCCACGCCCGUCAUCCAGGCCUGCUACCCGGGCGCCCCGCCCGCCGGGGACCCGCCGCCGCCGCCGCCCAUCCCGCCGCCGCCCAUCCCGCCCAUCCCGCCGCCGCCCGGCGACCCUCCGCUCAACACGCACUGCGCAGAGUUGUACGCCUCGGGCCCGGCCCCGCCGCCGCCGCCGCCGCCUCCCCCCGCGCUGUGCGCGCCCGAGCGCCGCUGCUCCCCUCUGUGCGGCCUGGACCUGUCCAAGAAGAGCCCGCCGGGCCCCGACCGCCUGCACCCGGGGGACCGGGACCGAGGGGACCGAGGGGACCGAGGGGACCCGCCGCCGCGCCACGACAGCCCCCCGGGCCCCGGGGCCUACAAGGAGCCGCCGCCUCCUCCUCCUCCUCCUCCUCCGUCGGGCCUGCCGCCCUUGCCCUUCCAGAAGCUGGAGGAGCCCGGCGGGCCCCCGGAUCCGUUCCGCGGCGGGGGCGGCGGCGGCGGCUGCUGCAGCCCCGACCCUCCCGUCCGGCCCGACGGCUCGGCGCUGCUCUACCGCUGGAUGAAGCACGAGCCGGGGCUGGGCAGCUACGGGGACGAGCGGGACCGGGGCAGCUGCGGGUCGCCGGGGGACCGCGCGGGCUGCGGGUCGCCGGGGGACGGCGGCGAGCCGGGGCCCGGCUCCCCGAUGGGCCUGCAUCCCCCUCUGCCCAUUCCUCCUCCUCCUCCGCCGCUGCCACCGCCGUCGUCGCGGUUCCCCGGAGGCCUGGACGGGCCCGGCGUCGACGCGGACGACUACAAGAGCAGCAGCGAGGAGACGGGCAGCAGCGACGGGCCCAGCCCGGCCGGGGCCCACCUGGACCGCUACCACUGCGCCCACCUGGCCUACGGCGAGCCCGAGAGCUUCGGCGACAACCUGUACGUGUGCAUCCCGUGCGGCAAGGGCUUCCCCAGCUCGGAGCAGCUCAACGCGCACGUGGAGGCCCACGUGGAGGAGGAGGAGGCGGCGCUGUACGGGCGCGGCGAGGCCCCGGAGCCGUCGGGGGGCGGCGGGGGCGGCGGCGGCGGGGGCGUCGCCGGGGCCGGGCUGGGGCCUCCCUUCGGCGGGGCCGGCGACAAGGCGGCGGGGCCCCCGGGCCUGGGCGACCUGCUGCGGCCUUACCGCUGCGCCUCGUGCGACAAGAGCUACAAGGACCCGGCCACGCUGCGGCAGCACGAGAAGACCCACUGGCUGACCCGGCCCUACCCCUGCACCAUCUGCGGGAAGAAGUUCACGCAGCGCGGCACCAUGACCCGCCACAUGCGCAGCCACCUGGGCCUCAAGCCCUUCGCCUGCGACGCGUGCGGGAUGCGCUUCACCCGCCAGUACCGCCUCACCGAGCACAUGCGCAUCCACUCGGGCGAGAAGCCCUACGAGUGCCAGGUCUGCGGGGGCAAGUUCGCCCAGCAGCGCAACCUCAUCAGCCACAUGAAGAUGCACGCCGUGGCCGGGGUCGGGGUCGGGGUCGGGGUCGGGGUCGGGCCCGGCGCGGCGGGGCUGGCCGCCCUGGGCGGGCCCGACGGCAAGGCCAAGCUGGACUUCCCCGACGGCGUCUACGCCGUGGCCCGCCUGACGGCCGAGCAGCUGGGCCUGAAGCAGCAGGACAAGGCGGCGGCGGCGGCCGAGCUGCUGGCCCAGACCACGCACUUCCUGCACGACCCCAAGGCGGCCCUGGACAGCCUCUACCCGCUGGCCAAGUUCACGGCCGAGCAGCUGGGCCUCAGCCCCGACAAGGCGGCCGACGUCCUCGGACAGACCGCCCACCUGGCCGCGGGCCCCGACGGCAGGACCAUUGACCGCUUCUCCCCCACCUAGGGGAGCCGGGGAAUGCACU